CUAUGUUGAAAAACUUUACUUCCAUCUCUAAUCGAAAGUGAAAAGAAACGGAAUACAUUUAUUUAUUCCGCAACACUUGAGUUAAAUUUAAAUAUAUUUUGAGCUAAUAUACAAUAAAAAAAUCCAAAAUGUGUGGUGGAUUCACCUGCUCCAAGAACGCGCUGAUUGCGCUCAACAUUUUGUAUGUGAUGAUUGGAUUCUUGCUGAUUGGCGUCGGGGUGUAUGCACGUGCCGCCUCCAUUGUCACCAACCUGCCGAUUGUGGGCGGAAUCCUGGCCUGCGGCGUCAUCCUCAUCUGCAUCUCCAUGCUGGGAUUGGCGGGCGCUGUGAAGCACCAUCAAGUGAUGCUCUUCUUCUACAUGAUCAUUUUGUUCAUGCUGUUCCUGAUUCAGUUCUCCAUUGCAAGCUCUUGCCUGGCCGUUAACUCCGAGCAACAACAACAGUUCGCCGAGCAGGGAUGGAUGACGGUUCCCACCGAGUUGCGUCAACAGGUGCAGGAUAGCAUGUUGUGCUGCGGAUUCAACGCCACAGGACCUAGCCCCAAAUCCCCUCUUACUCCUGCCGAUGAGCCCACUUGUGACAUUAUACAGCGGAAGUGCUGCUCCUCAAACAGCGAUCCGGACUGCCAUUGCCCGCCAUGUGGUCCGCUGCUACAGGACAAGAUCGACUACGCCUUUAAGCUGUGUGGUGGACUAGGCAUUUUCUUCAGCUUCACCGAGGUCUUGGCCGUUUUUCUGGCACGUCGCUAUCGCAAUCAACACGAUCCCUUCUAUCUGCCCGCCCGCGCUGUGUUUCCACAUGAUUAUUUAUACUGAAAGGGAUAAAAACGGGAUUUAAGUUACAAUCUGGAUGUGAACAUUGUUAGUCAAAGGGACGAAGGCUGAAUUCUUAUUUUUUAAACAAAAGUUUCCUAGCGAGAACAAGAGAUUGCUAUAAGGGAGGAAAAGAAUGCGAAUAUGGAGGAGUUAAGGAUGUGCUCAUUACUGCAGCUAUUUUAAAAUAAUUUUGUUGUAAAAUUAUGUCUCCUUUUAUUGCACAAAGAUAGAGGGGACUUUAGUGAUAAGUCCCCAAUGAGAUUAUGUUUAGCUUUAAUAUUAUAUUUUAAGUUGUAAAGUUUCCAACACCUACAUAUGUUAGCUCUUAAUGCCUUUCUUUGCAACUCGCAACAAUCAUGUAUGACUCGACGCGACUCGACAUCAAACUACUGUACCACAGCUACUGACUAACAUUUCAACAACCUGAUCUUAAAGUAGAACUAACAACCAAGUCAACAUUUGUAACUAGCAACGUAAUAAGUAUACAUCAACCUAUAUACAAAACGUAAUUGAAAUAUUGGCCAGAAGGCGUAUAAACAAUACUCUAAAUGUUAGUUGUUUGUUAAACUUUAAACUAGCGAGAAAAACACAAAAAAUAACAAAAAAAAAAGAGUAAUCCCACUAAAGAUACAUGUCAACAAUUAUACAAGUCUAUAUAGAUAAACUCUACCACUUAAACAAACUGCUUCGUCUAUAUUUUCACUCCUUCCGCACUUGCUCGACUUUCUCUGCAGCUUUUCCUUCUCGACUUGCACCCACGCAACAGCCAACAAGAACAAACACAUCACACAUGCCACGCUUCCUCCACUUACACAUCACACUCACAUGGAAAUAGUUUUCCUGCAGUUUCGUUUCCUGUUUCCUUUCGAGCGACAAAACCAUUAGAUAAUAUUCUCUGUAUUCUGUGCUGUGAUUGAAGUAAAUAUGAUCUUUAAAACAAAAGCAAAACCAGAAUAAAGUUUCGAGUUUCAUUUCCCGCAUUUCCCCAAUCCCAAUUAAUGAGUGACACACCCUUCACACUCCCUCGUGGGAUUUGCGGUUGGGGAUCAUUAGCGAAGUGUCUCAGUUUACCGCAGCUAUCCUUGCUGGGCGGAAAUGAUGGCCGACAGUGGCAGGAAUUAAGAUUGGGAAGGAAGAAAAAUUUUUUUUCUUUAAGAUACGUAAUUUUCCCUCUUUUUUUAAUUUUAUAGGCAUCUUGAAAUAUUAAGUAUCUCUAUGCUUUUUAUUUUAUUUAUAUAAUUAUAAAAAUGUAAUGUUUAUAUCGAAUUUUAAGGGACCAUUUUAUGUUUAGUUUUUAGCCCUAUACAGGACAUACAGGACAUAUGGUAAAAAGUGCAUUAAAUUUUGUUAAAACUUCGAUUUGAGUUACCAUUUUAAAUGACUAUUGUUUACAAAACAGCGACCUAAUAAAAUAAACAAAGACCAACAAAUGGA